AUGCAUCAAGGUCGACAUCACCGCCAAGACAGGACUAGCAGACCUGUUGCCGCCCGCUCCGUCCACGCCCCGUGCGCAGCGUCCAUCACCCGCCACCGCCUCCCGGACAAUAUUCAGCGCGCGAUAAAGCGCGCUACCCGCAGAGAGCUGACACGCCCGCGCUCCGGUGCGACGCGUGAUAUGGGCCCAUCAUCCGGGGUGCUUCGCGCGUCCGCCUUCCCUCUGCUUCCUCAGAUCUGGGGUGCACGCCACCGUCGCGAUCCCGAGGCGCGCCCGACCUCUCCUUCCCCUGCGCAGGCGGUAAUCUCGUCCUCAAGUUGCAGGCUGUCCACGCUGCGAACCCGACUCUUCGCUGGUCAGAUGCCCGCCGCUAUCUUCAUUGAAUCCCCUCGUGUCAACUAG